AUGGAUUGGUUUCAUUGCAACCAGUGUUUCCGAAAAGAUGGAACCCAUUUCUUUGUCACCAGCUGUGGCCAUAUUUUCUGUAAAAAAUGUGUAACUAUGGAGAAAUGUGCUAUUUGUGGAAUUCCUUGCAAACAUCUGGCUCUUUCUGACAAUUUGAAACCUCAGGAGAAGAUGUUCUUCAAAAGCCCUGUGGAGACAGCUGUGCAAUAUUUUAAUCAUAUUUCUCAGGUGUGGAGUUUCCAGAAGAAACAAACAGAUCUCCUCAUUGCCUUUUAUAAGCACAGAAUUACAAAGUUAGAAUUAGCCAUUCAGGAGGCACAGAAAACAGUGGCCGAUCAGGACAAAGAGCUGUCAAUCUUGAGAAAAGAGAAUGAAGAAAUGAAGAAACUUAUAGCUUUCCUAAAGGAAUCUCCAGGUCGGUACCAAGGAAGAAGGUUGACUACACCUCGGCCAGUAGGCAUUACUUCCCCAUCACAGUCAGUUACACCACGACCCAGUUCCCAGCAUAGUAGCCAGGUGGUGAGUCGGUCCUCCUCUGUGGAAUCUAUCCCUUCUAGAGUGCCUGGCUUUGGUACUAUGGGACAAGAAGGCCGAGUCCUGCAGGGAAGAAACACUCCCAGAGACUCUACUAUUGAAACUCCCUCGCCAGCUUCAGCCCACAACUUAUCUUAUAGAACUUCAACUGCCUCUUCUGGGCAGGGAACUUUUUGUUUGAGACCAUUUCUAAAUGGGGAGUCAGGACACACAAGAGUCCUUACCCCUAACAAUCCCGGUCACCGGGAGAACAGAACCCCUCUAGAGAGUUUUUCUGGCUUCCAACUACCAGUCAUGCAGACUCUUUACCAACAGAGACAAAUGGCAUCAGCCAGGGAGAGAGAAGCCUACACCACUUCCAGAUAGACCACCACCAAG